CCCUCCUUCCUCCCUCCUUCCUCCCUCCUUCCUCCCUCCUUCCUCCCUCCUUCCUUCCUCCUUCCUUCCUCCCACGGUCCGUGUAUAAGAUCGCCUUUGUCCACUUGAUGCUUCACUUUUUACAACCAUGACUUAUUGCGCCGACGUGUCUAUCCAAGAGACACACACUGCCUAGACGACCAUUCUGUCGUGAUGUUCAGUGAUAUAUUCGACUUGACGUCUCGGAAGUGAUAUCCACGCCUGCACUCACAGGACUUGUCACAAACAUUUCCAACCUCACAACCUCACAACCUCACAAACUCACAAACUCACAAACUCACAAACUCACAAACUCACAAACUCACAAACUCACAAACUCACAAACUCACAAACUCACAAACUCACAAACUCACAAACUCACUCACAAACUCACAAACUCACAAACUCACAAACCCAACACCACCACCACAACCACCACAACCAUGGGCCUCCUCCUCUUCUCCCCCGCCUCCCUCCGCAACAUCGAAGUCAUCCUCUCCGCCGACCCUCCCAGCCCAACCCCCACCCCCAAUCCCAUCCACUCCUACACCACCUACGAUGACAUCCGGGGCCACAUCCUCCUCACCACCAGCAUCCCCCAGUCCUUCUCCUCCGUCGAAAUCUCCCUCCUCGGCACCAUCCGCACCACCCACCCCGAUCACAUCGCCCCCAUCAUCGCGGCUGCGGGGACGCAGCACGUAUUCCUCAAACUCACUAUGCCGCUUCCCCCCUCCGCCUACCUCGACAACGACGGGUCAGAAACCCACCACCUCGCCCCGGGGCAGCCGCUAAAAAUCCCAUUCCACUUCGUUGUACCAGCGCGCCUACUACCGGUGGCGUGUACGCACGAUCUCGAAUCCCCCGCCAUCCACGACGCGCAUCUGCAACCCCCGCCGUCGCUAGGGAACUCCCUCCUCCCCCGCGACGACCUCACGCCGGAGAUGGCGAGUGUCACCUACGGCAUCCACGCUAAGAUCAUGUCCGUCCCGCCCAGCGCGUCAAGCUACCCGCAGACUCUCGCUUCGACGUUGCGGAAAAUCCACGUCGUCCCCACGUCUCCCGAGGCUCCUCCCCUGUCGGCGGGGAAGGAUAGUAGUAGAUACGUGCUUUCGAAGACGAAAUCCCUACGCCGCGGGGUCUUCAAGGGGAAACUAGGAACCCUAACCCUCACCACCACCCAGCCGCGCGCCUUCAGCCUCCCUCCCCCGCCGAUGAACCAUACCGCCCCUACGCCAUCAACGCUAGCAACACUAACCCUCCGCUUUGACCCCGCGGACCCCUCAUGUCUCCCACCCCGUCUGGGGGCGCUGACGGCGAAAAUCCGGGCGACGACUGUGCAUUCGAUUAGACCGGCUAGGGGGAUCCCGGAUGAGGAGACGAGGAGUAGUCCGUAUGAGAUACACAACGGCGCGUAUAGCACCCAGGUCUCGCUGGCGUCGCAUGAGGUUACACCUGCGGCGGCGCCGUGGACUUAUGUUGUGCCUGCGCCGGCGUAUGAGAGGCGGGAUUCGGGGUAUUCGACUGCGGAAUCUGAAGGGGAGGUGCACGCUGCGGCUGCGGGGGAGGCGGGAGGGGGGAAGACGGGGCCGUAUUAUACGGCCACCAUUCCCCUUCCUCUAAAUCUGCCGGGGAAUAAAACUUGGGUCCCUACAUUCCACUCCUGCCUCGUCUCGCGGUUCUACACACUCAUGAUUAGACUCAUGGUUCACCCCCCGGGCAAAUCAGCAGUGCGGAGUAGCUUGGCGUUGAAGGUCCCGGUGCAAGUCCUCGGGCAGGGGAGGGCGGGAAGGGAAGAAGCGUUUGAAGCUGGCGGAAGAGCAGUAGUGGAAGGCGCGGGGCUGGGAUGGGAGGGUGAGGGAGGUGGCGAUCUAGAUAUGGGUGGUGUCGUGGAGGGCUUGGCGGGGGAUGAGUUGCCGGGCUAUGUUACGCCUGCUACGAGGUUGAGGAGGAGGUGAGGGGUUUGUAUCUGGAUCUAGAUUCAGCGACCUGGAUUUUGUGUUGUGUUUGAGUUGCGGAUGUUGGGCUUGGGCUUGGAAGAGGGAAGAGAGAAGAAUAGAUUGCAUGUGCAGCUGGUCCUGGUCAAAUCGAUUACUGGACGAAACGGCUGAUGUUGGAGGAAGCGGAGAUACCCCAUGUUUCAACACUACUAUCGGCGGGCGAAUUAAAAAAAAGCGGCAGUGCCUGAUUGAGCGAAUUGUAAUUUUUGGUUUUUUUUCGAUGGGUUUUAUGGGUUUUAUGGGUUUUUUGGGUUUAUCACAUUGGUUUAAAUGGGCUGGCUGUUUAUUGUACUCGAGUAACGAACAUGUAUAACGAACCGGCCAAACAAGCGAACCGGCCAAUCCAUUUUACACCUUAAAUCACGAAUUUCAUAACUUAAUAUCUCAACAACCCUUUAAUAAUAAGUUAUAAAAAUAUGUACUUAGCCUUUUAUAAGCAUUUAAAGUACUCUAUUUGAUUUUUAAAGCAAUUAGUAUUGUAGUUAUUAAGAUACUAAGAAUUAGGUCAAAAGUGGGG